UGCAGGACGCGCCGUUUCUAGUUAGCGUAUGAUUUCUAGGGCACGGAGCCCGCGCCUUGCUUCGGACGGCGGGUCGUGGGUGUGCUGCGGCCGCGGGUAGCGCUAAGUGACGCGGUGGGCUGGAGAAGCAGAGAGCCGGUCUCCGAGGAGACGGACGAAAACAAAGCGAAGGACUGGCCGCCGGAGGGCAUGUAGCUAUGCCGUUUGUUGUAUGCGUUUGUGCUUAUUUCUUGUGGAGCAGCUGAAUAUGUAACCCGUUAGUGAACCGUGAAUAAACCUACGACCUCAUCCGGCUGGUACGGCUGACACACCGGUGGCUAUUCGGGGCAUAGCCCGGUGCCAAGGCGGCCUUUAGCCCAUUACGUGGAGACUGUUACUGCACCGACGACGGGGGAGCGGCCCUCGGUGUUGCCGUCCUGUGGGCCGUUCGGACCGAGCGAGGCUACGGCCGGGUGUCCGGACAGCAGGGCUCGGCUGAGUUAGGAAACAGACGGCAUUUCUGCAGCCCCUCGGGGGCUGGAACCUCACCGACAUGAAUCGGCUUUAGUGGAGCUGAAAAGAUGGCCGCCUCAGAGGCGGCAGGCUUCCCGGGGACGUCCCAAACCAUGAAGAAGACCAUCGGACACCGGGGGAUCGACCACACGGGAGAAACCACCUACAAGAAGACCACGUCCAGUGCCCUGAAAGGUGCCAUCCAGCUGGGCAUCACGCACACAGUGGGCAGCCUCAGUCAGAAGGCUGAGAGGGAUGUCCUCAUGCAGGACUUCCUGGUGGUGGAGAGCAUCUUCUUCCCCAGGGGGGGCAGUAAUCUGACUCCAGCCCAUCACUACAAUGACUUCCGAUUCAAGACUUACGCCCCCGUUGCCUUCCGCUACUUCCGAGAGCUCUUUGGUAUCCGGCCGGAUGAUUACCUGUACUCCCUGUGCAAUGAGUCGCUGAUUGAGCUGUCCAACCCCGGAGCAAGUGGUUCGGUCUUCUAUGUCUCCAGUGACGAUGAAUUCAUCAUCAAGACAGUGCAGCACAAGGAGGCAGAGUUUCUGCAGAAGCUGUUGCCUGGCUACUUUAUGAACAUCAACCAGAACAAGCGCACCUUGCUUCCCAAGUUCUAUGGGCUGUACUGCGUGCAGAUUGGCGGCAAGAACAUCCGCAUCCUGGUGAUGAACAACCUGUUUCCGCGCGCCAGGCACAUGCACCUCAAGUACGACCUCAAAGGCUCCACCUGCAAGCGCCAGGCCUCACCUAAGGAGCGUGAGAAGGCUCUGCCCACUUAUAAGGACUUGGACUUCAUCCAGAACAUGCCUGAUGGGUUACAGCUGGAGCCUGAGAACUACAAUGCCCUGAGCAAGACCAUCCAGAGGGAUUGCUUGCUUUUGCAGAGCUUCAAAAUCAUGGACUACAGUCUGCUGCUUGGCAUCCACAACAUGGAGCAUGCGGGCCGGGAGCGUGUGGACGAGAGUGUGAACGAUUGGGCCGUAAACCCCGAGCAGAGGAGAGGCCCAGGCCAGAAGACACUGUACUGCACAGCCAUGGAGUCCAUCCAGGGCGAGGCACGCGGCAGAGUCGUGCUCGACUCCGAGGACUACACGGGGGGGAUUCCAGCACACAACGUCAGAGGGGACCAGCUGCUGCUCUACAUUGGCAUCAUCGACAUCUUGCAGUCGUACAGAUUAAUUAAGAAGUUGGAGCAUUCAUGGAAAGCCCUGAUACACGAUGGGGACACAGUAUCUGUGCACAGACCAGGCUUCUAUGCUGAACGUUUCCAGAAGUUCAUGUGCAACACGGUAUUCAGGAAAGCCCCGUCCAAGCCCUCCCCAUCGAAGAAGAGAGGACCCGGGGCUCAGGGGAGCCUCCCCAGGGCGGCGGCCGCAGCUGGAGGCCCCAAACCGGAUGUGGAGGGAAAGCAGGACAGGCAAUCUGGCCGGCCUGACCUGCUCGCAAGGACCCCUCGGCUUGAUGAAUUAAAAAAUGACUCUGCUGAAACGACUCUGUCCAACUGCCCCCUGGGAAGCGCAGGUCUGGCCUCCUGCUCUCCGCCACACAGGUCAGUAGGAGUUGAAGUGCAUAAGCCAGCAAAUCCAGAGGAAUGGCACAGUGCCUCUGACAGUGUUGAAGUGGCAGUUCCAGAGCAUCCGUCAGCCAGAGAAGAUGCCAUUUCCCUCAAAGACAUCAUUCCCGAAACUAACAUCUGCUUUUAAAAGAAGAGUGAAAAGACAUUGAGAGGAAGAGAGCCCAGAAGGGCCAGGGUGAGCCCUGUCUCCAGGCACACGUCCCAGCAAACUGGAGUAACGAGGAGUGGCGGAAAGGCGGAGCCAUAACAUACAGGGCCCCACCCACUGUGACAUCACUGCAGUGCUUGUCUCGUAAUUAUCACCAUGACUGGGCUUCAGGUUAUGAUGCCUGAUCUAUGGGCUGCUCAGCCACACUAAGAUGUGUGUUAGUGAGUAUCAUCCAACACACUGCAGCUCACAUUUCUUAAUGCACAAGACCGGGCUGAGAUUUCUGCAUUUAUCUCAUACUACAUACUCCAUGUGGCUUAAAAAUAUAUUAGUUCUAACCCUUGAUGUGGAUUUAUGAAAAUAUUGUAAGCAAGCUACAACAGUAGAUACUAUGACUCCAAUCUGUUGCUACCCUUGCUCAUGCAGGACAUGCUGCUUGAGUUACAGUGAAACUACCUAGAGAACUCCAGCAGGGGGAGCUAUCAGUACUGCAGCACUUUCCAUAUUAACUAGAGCCAAAGCAGACUAGGCUGGUGUUUCAGUAUUCCUGGCCACUCCCUUUAGUAUUUACAAUAGCUUCUUAAAAUUAAAGGGAAAGAUGAUGGGAGUUAUCUCUACAUAAACUCUCUCUGACUGUAGUUACACUGCUCUUCCUGUGGAGGGAUGCCUGAUGACAGUAACUGUUGGUCUCCUAGCGGUAAAUUUUCUGCAGUCCUAUGUGCUGGAUUUCUGUGCACUGAGCUCAUACGGCAGCCACAGGGCAUGAGGAAGGUCCUCCAAACUUGGCCUUUCCUCAUCUCCCUUGAUGCUGUGGUUUUUGGGAGCCUGGAGACUGCGUUUAUGUACUGCCAUGUUUCUAUUUAAAGCCCACAGAAUCUAUUACAAAAUGACUGGAAAUGUAAUGAUAUGACUGCCACUCACAUGAAGAAGACACAAGGCGCUACUAACUGUUAAAAGCUAAAUGUUUUGUGGAGGUCACUAAACUGUGUGCAUGGAUGAAUUUGCCACACUUCGGCCCAUGGCUGAGUUUAGGAUGCACAGUGAAGAUGACCAAAACAUGCUCCCUGCAACAAGGAAAGACGAUGAAUGUCUUUUAUAACGUGUCCACUAGAGAUGCACCAAUUCCACUUUUUCUGGCCCGAUAUGACACCUGGGCUUUGGGUAUCGGUCAACACUGGGUACCGAUCCAAUACCAGGGUUUAAUAAAUAAGCUGACAGCUUUUGCCUCACUGUGUGGAAGAGACUGUGAUCAUUCUUUUAUGUCACCUCCCCAGAAAUGUAACUACACGUUGCAGUGACACAGACUGAAAGGACUGUGAUUGGACUGCUUGGUAGCCUUCGUGCUUUUUAUAGGAAAGCGUAAACCCAGGUGUACUUAUAACUAAUGCUACAGGUUCUAUCACCAAUACAUCUAACAUUAAAUAACUUAUUUAGUUUAAUGUUAGAUAUAAAUAAUGCUUUAGUUUAGUUUUUCUCUCGCGUCUCCAGAAAUUGCGGUAAAAUUCGUUGUGGCGCUCCUUCUCUGCAAGCAUUACCAAACUCCAUGUUCUCUUCACUAUGGUGCAUCUUUAGAUGUUUGAUCAAAUUGCUUGUGUUAAAUGUCUGCUGUCCCUUCCUCCUCUUGACACUUUAGCAGAACAGAGCUUACAGUCUGCUUUACUUCUCUUGUCGUCCCUUAUCUUUGUCCAAACUGCUGACAUCCUCCGCGUAUACUCACCGAAUUUGCCAAUGGCGGUGUUCUGUACAUUUGUCCUUCCCAAAUGUUUCUGGUUGACAAAUCUCUCGGUAGAUGCCAAAAUCUGAUUGGGCAGCACAAAAAGAUAUGAGCGUAGUAUCACCCCGAUUCCUGAUUCCGGUAUCGGUGCAUCCCUAGUGUCCACAAUGGUGUUUAACAAGAAUGUGUCAUUUUUCAAUGCAUUUGUAUAAUGAACAAGAAUUUGAGACAUAGAACUUUCAUUGUCUCCUGCUGGAGCCCAGAGACUGAACCAUAAUGCUUUCUUCCAAACCUUGUGUCAUCAGCGACUAUGUGCUUUAGUGCUCAGUCUCUGGGCUCCAGCAGGAAAGCGAGUACCACUGGUUAUGGUCGUAGUUGCAAGAUGCAAAUGUGAUUCAGCAGCCAGGGGCUCGAUAUAGCCAGUGUGUCCGAGCCAUGAACGAAUGAAAAUCUGAAAACAUUUGAAAAACAUGCAGUUUUUUUCUGAGAUUUUGAAUGUUCAGUAUCAACAUUCCAACUACUGAACGUAUCAAAAUCAAUGGAGAGAAAAAUACACUAAAAUAAAGAGCUGAAAAGCUGAUGGUGACCCUCUGGAGUUGCUCUAUUGGCAGACUGGGCUGAAGAUUAAGUUAUGCUUUUCACAAAUGAAUUAUGAAUUUCACAAAUCUUUAAUGCCUUUAACAUAAGAAACAUUAUUGUGCUGGGGAGGCUUAGUCCGCUUAACAUACUUUUAGCACAAUUGUUUUGCAAUAUAAGAAAGGUAAAACUCGGUAGUGUUCUGAAUUGUGUUCAAAUAUCUAAUUAUCUCCAACACGGCACCCGGCUAAAACUAAAUGGUCUGGAACCAGUUUUUAAAGGUGUUUUAUUACAGACAUUUUACUUAAGUAUUUUUCUCCAGAAACAUAUGUACUUUGAAUGUGUGUGAUAUUUAAAUGAUACCACAGGUCUACGUGUAAUAGACUGAAAACACUGCAUUCCGGCUUUUAUAUUUUAACUGUGGUUAUGCAUUAAUGUGAAUAUGCAAAUCUUGUUCUCGCCUGCAUUGUAUACGAUUUUAUAAUUUGAGAUAUUUCAGUACACCUAGGGCCGUAAUCUAUGGGCAAUGUUCUGUGUAUAAAGUAUGUACAGUAUAUAUACUGUAUGUAUACAUAGAUGAACGGGGCCUUGUGAAGGUCUGCAUUUCCUGUCAGGGAUUCUGUAACCUAAUGUUAUGAUUAGUUAAUUAGUUAUAAGUUUAUUAGAUUUUUUUAAAUUAUUAUUCAAAGUCAUCAGUAUGUUAGUGUGAAGGAUUUUAUUUAUAUAUCAGUUCUGACUGUGCCAAAAAUGAACGCAACAUUUAGUUCCUAUGCUUCGACUGUCACUGAACUGACAGCCAUUAUGCUUUAAUAUAAGCUUGCUGCUUCACAGUAAACCUCAGAAAGCCCUUAUGCAGUCAUAGGUACAGCAGAUGUAGUCAUAUUUGUCUUCAUUUUAUCUUUCAUUCAUAGACUGUGCCUCUCUUCUACCCAAAGUUUAUGGCUUAAACAUCACAAAAAGUUUGAAAAAUGCAAAAAAUUUUUAAAGAAUGGAAAUUGAUAAUUUGGCAUUCAGUGGUUAAUGGCGUGAAGCAAGAAUUGUCACAGAAUAAAAUCUUGUGUAUAGGA